GCAACACGAAAGAAGACAUGUUGUAUCCCAUUAUCGAAACCGUCUACCGGCAAUAUGUAAAUGUCCCAUAUCUUCCGCCUCUCUCAAAGAUCCACCAAGUUCUGCGUGCGCUGGAGAUGAUCCAGGACUUGACCGAGACAUUCACACACCUGCCCAUAUAAGAGGCCCAUGAAUCAAAGUCGUCCUGGAAUGGAGACUUCCACUCCGGCCUCGGGCUUGAAUCCGCCUCGGCGCAAAGCCUCCACAGCCUGUUUCAGCUGCAAGAUCCGAAAAUCAAAGUGUUCCGGCGGCAAUCCUUGUAGUGCUUGCAGUCGAUCGCGGCUCGAAUGUAUGUACAACGCCAGUCUCGACAGGCGACGCAAGAUCCAUUGGGAGCGAGCCGAGACCGAAGCAGCGCUGCAGAAGCAGAUGCUGCAGCGACUUCUCGAACUGAUCCGCGCCGGAGGUGACGAGAUGCGACAGCGAUUGAGAGAUGACCCUCUGAUUCGCACGCUUUCCCAAAGGCUCGGCAUGGACAUGCCGGAACAUGCUGCAGCAUCAUCAAGCUCCGAUCCACACGAGUCCUGGGCUUCAGCCCACGCUCGAAAGACAAAUCGCCGCGAGUUUGGGGAGGACGUGAGCCAGAAGGAGGAGUUGACUCGGCGCCGAGGGAGUUUCCCCGAAGGAGUGCAAGAUGUUGCCCCCGAAGCAGCACCCUCAAACGCGUUGAUCAGUCCGGCAGGCUCGCUCGACGAGCUGUGGGAUCUGCCAAUCCCAUCCGAAGCGACUGUGCAGAGGACCAAAAAUCCUGACCCCAGAGUCCAAUUUCGAAUCUUUUGUUCCACCGACCACGAUGCUCCAAACGUAGAGUCAAUCAGGAUAUUCGGUGACUCCUCGUUCCUCUCGGCCAAUCCCAGUACAAUUCAGGAUUUCGCCUGGCAGCGUCAACAGCUGCUCAAUCUUGACCUUCCCGAAUACCUCAUCCAGCCGAUGCUGUUCGAGGGAGAACGAUGUCCCAUGGCCGCCGCAUAUACUGAUUUUCGCGAUUAUGGACGAGGACAACUGGCUGCAGGAUUGCCCAUCGAAUUUGUGCUGGGGUCUCCGCAGAUUGAUCUGGCUCUAUAUUUCCGUGGGCGCACGCCCGAAGAUGCACACACGCCGGCGACAUGGGCCUGCGAGUACAUGCGCCUUCUCGCGAAUUGCGACAUAUACGUAGCUCUGGCGUGGAUUUUCACCUAUGCACAUUUCAUGCGCUGGAUAAUUGCCCCUUCGGCGGAGACAUACACCUUGCUCCCAGAGGCCAUGAGACCAACGCCUCUCCAAAGACUAGUCCGUCAUCAUCCCGGGGCGGAUCUGCCCAUAUUCCCUGAAAUGCGCGACGGACUGGUCCAGGAUAUGCGCGACUACAUCCUAGCAAUCCAGACGCUGGGAUGCAGCGUCAAUUGGGAACAUGGACUGGACGCAGCGAUCGACACCGACCCAGAGACCGGGGCCAUGACCCUGUCCGACCACUUCGCCGCGCAUAUUUGUAACCUGUCGCACUGGUCCAUCAGCCAAAAGUUUGCCGACGUCUUCCCCGAGAUGCGGCGCUAUUAUCAGGUGGUCGCACAGGACACCAUCCCGGCUUCGAAGGUCGACAUCGAGGCGUUUCUCGGGCACAGGGCCCCAAAAGCGUCCUGAAUCCCACCGCCACGAAGGCAGGUUUGUAAGGAGAAGGGACAGAAUGAGGACAGAUUGACGCGGGGGGUCGAUGCGAGGGAGCAGAAACAGGCCACACACUAAGGUUACAAGUAGUCGCUUCCUCCGGCUGUAGUUUCCAGGCUGUCACUGUCUGGCACAACAAUCCGCUGAUCCGGAUCCUUUGUCCACGUGAGACGCCCGGGGGAGGCUGGGAGCUAAUCAUAUACACAAGGACGACACCGGACUACACUAUGGGUUCGAGGGACCGAUGAUGGACCCCAAAGUGAUCUUCCAUUCAUACUCGGUCCUCCGUACUUGGCCUGACCUUGUCUGUAUAGAAGCCUGAUGGUCGUUCUUCCGCUGUCCGGG